AUGCCCGCCGUCCCGACCUCCGAAUGCUACGCGCACGCCGACAGACUGCGCGGCCGCGUCGUCCUCAUCACGGGCGCCGGCUCGGGCUUCGGGCGCGCAACCGCGCUCAAGUUCACCGAACUGGGUGCAAAGGUGGUGCUCGGCGAUGUCGACGCGGCCGGCCUCGCCGAGACGGUGAAGCAGGUGUCUGCGCAGUCUGGGCCCUCGUCCGUCGUGAGCGCCAAGUGCGACGUGACGUCCUGGGACGACCAGGUCGCCCUGUUCGAAACCGGCGCCAAGGCGUUCGGGAACAUUGACGUCGUGCUUCCCAACGCGGGCGUCAGCGAGAUCGGACGUUUCGACCCCCGUCUUGAUGGCGAUGCGAGCAAGCUCACCAAGCCCAACAUGAAGACGAUCGACAUUGACCUCAUCGGCGUGCUGUACACGACGCGCAUUGCGCUCUGGUACUUCAUCAAUGACAAGCGGGCCGACCCGGGACUGAGGAGCAUCGUGUUCACGGGCUCCAUGUCUACGUUCUAUGGGUCGGAUGGAGUUGGCUACGGAGUCGCCAAGGCGGGCAUCCUGGGCAUUAUGAAGGGCAUCGUCGCCUCGUGCAAUGAUCUCAAGGUCCGCGUCGCUACGGUGUGCCCGUACUUCUCGAAAACCAACAUCCUCGACCCCUCCUUCGUCCACCCCUACCCUGCGCUCGGGUACGCGCAAGUCAGCGACGUCGUCAACGCCUUCGUCGCGGCCAUCACGGACCCGAGCCCCAAGACCAACUAUGCGGCAUACCUGAUUCCGGACCAGUGGGGCGUCUUCCGCAUGGCUGCGACGGGACAGUUUGUUGGCGCCGAGGCCGCCCGUCGCUCGAAGGAGGAGACGGCCGCUUUCAUCAAGGCAGACAAGGAGAAGGCCAAGGCGAAGCUCUAA